GCAAGGUGGUAGAGUUUUCAGGUUAUAGUAGUCUAGUUCUGCACGUGCAGGCUUGCUAUUUUGCCAUCCCCAAUAUGACUUUUACUACCACCACUAUAGGAAUGUCCUGCAUGAUCAAAUUGAAAUCUACAUUUCUGUGAACUUGACAUAUUUAUGCAUGGGGCAUUGGGUCUACGUCCACACCUCAGGCAGUCAGGUGUUCGAACUCCAAUCGCAGAAUCGAGUACAGGAGUAUGCGAGUGUUAGUACAUUUAACAUGCUUACUCCCACCUGAGAGCUAAAUAAAUCAUUUACCAUUGCACUUGAAGUAUUAUAGCAAACUUAAUAAUUUAAGUUAAGUCAAGGAAACUCGUAUAUCUGUAUAUGAUGAAUGUUGGGGAGAUUUUUGAAAAGGAGAACCUUUUAUGGCAAGUUGGAGACAAUGAAUAUCUUCCUGACAGUGACUGUGAAGCUGAAGAUGAAACCUUCUCAUCGGCAGAAGAAUCAGAGACAGAAUCUGAAGAGGAAGAAUAUGGAGAGUCAUCUAAUGAAGAAGAGACUACCAACAAAUCAACGAGAACUUUGCGGCAUACUACACGAAAGCGUCCACAUCAGAAUGGGUUGGCAGUUGUACCAUUCCACAGCCCCAAGAAAGCACGACAUAGUCAUAAAUCACAGACAAAAUACAAGUGGAAAAAAUCUUUUUCUGGAAGAAAUAUCCAGCCGUUUGUUGAACAGAAAAGAUUCCUAACCGAAAAGCGAAAACUAAAAUAUUGACUCCUCUUAGUCCUCUAGACUGUUUUAUACAAUUUUUUGAUUCUGAGGUUAUUCGAUUCAUUAUCGAUAUGACUAACCUCAACGCUGUAAGAAAACUACAGGGUGAAAAAACUGCGUCUCUUAUAACCCCACAAUCAUUGAAAAAUCCAUUUGUUUCUAUCAAACAAGAAUUUGUUGCUACUAAUGUGGACGAAAAUCAUGGAAGUUUAUUGAUGUUAAUGAAAUGCGAGCUUUUUUGGGACUUACCAUUCUCAUGGGAAUUAUUCGUCUUCCAAAUGCAGAGAUGUACUGGCCAGAAAAAAAAUUGGAUAUUUGAUGUACCCUGUUUUAAUAAAAUAAUGCCAAGAAGCAGGUUCCUAAAAAUUUUUGAGCAUCUUCAUUUUUGUGACGAAUCAUUGGCACUCACAGUAGAUGAUCCUCAAGAGGACAAGUUGUUUAAGAUUAGAGGCCUUCUAACACUUCUUCUAUCUCGCUUUCAAACCUGCUACACCCCAGGAAAAAACAUUCAUAUAGAUGGAACCUUCAUCCCUUUCAAGGGGAAAAUUGGUUUUCGAAGAUGCAACAAUAGUGAGAAAGCACCUAAAGGUAUCAAGCUCUGGGUUGUAGCAGAUUCCUCGACAGGUUACAUAUCUAGGAUACAGUUCUAUACAGGGAAAGAUCCAACUGUCAAUCUAGAAAGCGGUUUAUCCUUGCGUGUUGUUGAAUAUUUGAUGCGUCCGUUCGAAGGGCUUAACCACAAUCUAUAUUUGGACAAUUUUUUUACAAGUCCAGAGGUGUUUGAAUAUCUUUUGUCGAAAGGAAUAUAUGCUUGUGGCACAUUUAACAGUGACUGUGUGGGAUUUCCGAAGGAUCUUAUUAUGGAACAGACUUGUAAAAUGGGUGAAAGUGAUUGGCUAGCAGCAGGGAAUUUAUUGGCUCAUUCCUGGAUGGACAAUGAGGCUUUUUAUUUUUUAUCAACCAUUCACAAACCGGAUUAUGAGAAGGACAAUGUUUAAAGAACAACUUUAAAAAGGAGAAGGGGUCAUAAAAUAUAUGGGUCUAUGGAAAGGCCAUGUCCCCCUGUGGUGAAAGAUUACCAUAUGCAUAUUAUGAGUGCUUAUCUACCAGAUGAAGUGCAGAAACAUGGCAAUAUAACUUUACGAUCAAAGAUCUGGUAUAAAAAAAUGUUCUCUUAUUUGCUUGAGGUGGCCAUUAAUAAUGCUAAGGUAGCAAAUGUUACAGGAAAGAAAGUGGAUGAUUUAGACUUCAAGAAAAAACUUUUGACUUCUCUGAUUGGGAAUCACAGAGCCCCUCAAAGCUCAGAUGCGGAAUACCUUCUCAGGCUUGAAGAUACUGGUAGCCAUCUUCCGGUAAUCGCAGAUCGACAAUUGGCCUGUCCAGUGUGUUUAAGGAAAAGUCAGAGAGACAAAACAUCCUAUGGGCGGAAAGGCAAACUAUCCCAUGUGCAGAAAUACAAGCUAUCCUAUGUGCCACGAAGUUAUGUGCGAUGUAGCGAAUGUGAUGUUCAUCUGUGUGUGCGCCCCACUAGAAAUUGUUACCGGGAUUGGCAUACUAAGGUUGAAUAUUGGAAAGGAAAGUGAGAUUCGUAUUCACAAAUUACAAUUUUAUCCAAAUUUACUCAUACGUUACUUCCAUCAAUUAAUGUUUUUAAUCCUCUGUAUGCUAAUGUCAUUUCAAUAUCACAUUUUUAUUGCAAGAUGUAAACUGUUCAUCUUGUAGUAAUUAUCAAUAUACCGUGGUUUGUGCACACAUACAAAGCCUACAAAAUAUCCGAUUCUUUGUUUGAUUUGAUUACUGUUAAUUCAUUUCGAUCAAUAAAUUACACGAUCAGUUUUAGGGGGUGAAGCCCCCUCUGCAUCCAUUUUAUUUAAUCAAAAUUAUCAUACAAUCUCAGAGUUUAAGUUAUUUUUGAUAAUUGGGUGACUUCGGCCCCAUCGUUCGUCACUACACCCGGACUGUGCCAAACAUGAUAAAAUGUUUUAUUGACUAAAAAUAAGCCCAAUAAAAUGCUUGCUUGCCAAAUAUAAUUAUAAUUUCCUUCACUGCCAAAUUACAGGUAAAUAUUGAAACCCCAAAAAUGUAAGUGACAAAAGCUAUUUUUCACACUUAUCAGAUUGAAUGCCACAUUAAUCAUGAGAAGUGAUGAUCAAUACAGAAUGCUCUUGCCAAACUGAGUGAUUUUGGAACCUAUUUUUGUCAAAUUAUGCAACUAUUAACUCAACAAUUUGGAUUCUUCCUUUUGUGAAGUCUAAAUGUUAAUGCAACUGAUUUCACAAUACAAAUUGAUGAACUACUACUGUACAUAUUCUCAUUAUUUUUUAUAUGUAUCUGUUCCUCUAUUUGUUAUUUCAUUCGUAUGUAUUGUCUCAUUACCACAUUUAAACUGUUGUUAUUACCUACCAGAUACCAGUUAGUAUUAAAGCAUGCUUUGAGAAAACAUUGUCUUACAUUAUGUUUUAUUAUUUUUUUCUAUUCAAGUUAUUUCAUCACAUGGUAUUAAAGUAGAGAAGAGAUAAUAUUGAUUUUUGAGGAUUGUAAUGCCAUUGAUUUAUUCAAAUGGAGAAUCCUAUAGUUGAAAAGAUUCUGAAAGAGGAUGUUUUAUGGCAAAUUGAUGACGAUGGCUAUUUUCUUCAUAGCGACUGUGAUGAUGAAGAGAAAUCUGCCUCAUCUUCAAAAAAAGUCAGGAUCAAAACAGAGCCAGUAUCUGACGAAGAAUAUGAAGAUUCGUCGAAGAAAGAAGAGACAACUAGCUCGACAUCUAUUGCAGGCCGGAAGCGUCGUUCUGGGCUGCAAGUUGUGGUACCUUUUUACAGUCCCAAGAAAGUACGACCUAAUCCUCAAGAAGAGAAAGAAUACAAUUGGACAAAAUCUUUUACUGAUACAGACAUCCAGCCGUUUCAGAGUCAGCAAAUGGUUCAUAGCGAAGAAUUGGGUCAAAGAUCAACUGCUCUAGACUGUUUUUCACAAUUUUUUGAUCCUGAAGUAAUUCGAUUCAUUAUUGAUAUGACAAAUCUUAAUGCCGUGAGAAAAGUACAAGGUGAAGGAACGGCGACUUUUUUAAAAGCCCAGUUAUCAACCGAUCCCAAUUUUUCUAUCAAAGUUGAAGCUGUUUCUUCGAAUGAACCAAGUGAAAAAAGUUGGAAGUUUGUUGAUGUUGAAGAAAUGAAUGCUUUUUUGGGACUUAAUAUACUUAUGGGAAUUAUUCGUCUCCCAGAUACAGGCAUGUACUGGCAAAAAAAGAACUGCCUUUUUGAUAUACCAAGUUUUAAUAAAAUUAUGACAAGAGAUAGAUUCCUAAAAAUCCAGGAGCAUCUGUAUUUUUGUGAUGAAUCGUUAGCACCAGCAGAGGACGAUCCCCACAAAGACAAGUUGUUUAAGAUUCGUGAACUUCUAACUCUUCUAUUGCCUCGUUUUCAAAGAUGCUACACUCCUGGAAGAGACCUCCGCAUCAGUGAAACCUUAAUCCCAAUCAAAGGGAAAAUUGGGUUUCGAAAAUACAUGGACGAUAAUGGAGCGCGUAAUGGAUUAAAGCUCUGGGCUGUAACAGAAUCAUCAACGGGUUACAUAUCUAGACUAUUAUUUUACACAGGAAAGGAUCCAGCUGUGAACCCGAACAGUGGGUUAUCUUUGAGUAUUGUUAAGUAUUUGAUGUGUCCAUAUGAAGGACUGAAUCACCAUCUGUAUGUAGACAAAUUUCAUACAAGUCCGCAGGUAUUCGAAUAUCUGCUGUCAAAAGGAAUAUAUGCCUGCGGCACAAUUAAAACUGCCUGUGUCGGAUUCCCAAAAGAUCUUGUAAUGAAACAGGCUUGCCAAAGGGGUAAAAGUGACUGGCGAGCAGCAGGAAAUUUAUUCAUUAAAUCCUGGAUGUUUAAUAAGCCUGUCUAUUUUUUGUCAACCAUUCACAGACCUAAGAAUGAAAACGACAGUGUUAAUAGAACUGUAAAAAGGAGAAAUGGUUGCGCAAUAUCCAGUUUUGUUGAAGCACCAUCUUACCCCGCGAGAGAAUACAAUGUGAAAACUAGGCGUGUGAACCUAUCAGAUCAAGUACAAAAAUAUGGCAACAUAGUGAAAUAAAGCAAGUCCUGGUACAAAAAAGUUUUUCCAUAUUUAUUGGAAGUGGCUGUUAUAAAUGCUCAAGUAGUCCAUGCAAAUGUGACAGGAGGGAGCUCUGAUGGUUUAAAAUUCAGGGAAAAUCUUGUGACUGCUCUGAUUGGGAACUGUAAAGUCCCUGCGCACGUCCCAAAAACAGGUUCCAAAUAUAUAGCCAGACUCGAUGAUGCUGGACGUCAUCUUCCGAUAUGCAAAGGACAAAGGAUGACAUGUCAAGUGUGUUCCAAAAAGAAUCAGAUGGCUGCUGGCAAUAGGCAAGUAGCUAAGGUAAAUCGAAGCGACGUGUGGUGUCGUGAAUGUGAUGUUCACUUGUGUUUGCACAGUGAACGAAAUUGUUACAGAGAUUGGCACACCAAGAUUGAAUAUUGGAAAUGAAAUCACUUAUAUUCAAACUCUAAUUUUACUUGCCAUCAAAUACCUUCAUUUCAUAUAUUGAGAAAAAUCUAAUACCUAUGAAAAGAGCAGUGCCAAAAGGGGAAAAAUGUUUGCAAUCGUAAAAAGGCUUUGCAUACCUAAUGCCAAUUCAUUCCACUGCCAUGAGCAAAUUACAGAGAAGUAUUGAAAACUCUUUUAUCCGAUUGUCCUGGGCGACUUUAACGCCCCUCACAAAAAAAUUGGUAUCUCAUUGCUUCACUCGUGUACAAUUGGAAAACUUGUAUUUUCGGAUCAGUUUACCAUUGUGUGCAAACUGCCUUGGCGUCUUUCUUUGUUUAUUAUAUGCUGAAAAUUGAUCUCUUCUUUUAAGUGAACACAUUUUUUGUAUAUUUUUGAACUUUGACAUUCUCACACAAUUAAAUUCGCAAUGUAAUGGAAUGCACAAAUCAAUUCGAUGCGUUUACCAAGAUUGCGAACACUCGGACCAAGUAUGGAUCAUGGUUGCCACAUGACCAAUGAUGACAGAGCUACCAUAAGUCAAAUUGAUUUCCUAAAUGUUUUACAACAGAUCGAGUUCGUGAGCGUAUUCCUAACGCUUAGCACGGUGCUCCACACCGCCGAGCCUCGUAUAGUGACCGACAAUUAGGAUAGGAUUGGAUUUACAUAUUUAUCCCGGGGGAGAGUAAAGCCGAUAAGACGGCUUAUCAGUAUGGUGAACCACGGCCUCAUGUCCGGUUACCAUUCCAAGUCGGGUAUGGGAUUAGUUAGUUAUUUGUU